AUGAGCUAUAACCGAUCCGACGAAACACUCAACGGACUCCCCGUUGAUAAUCCGUGGAUACAGAUGAAUGCGACGGAAGAGGAGUUUGAGCGAUCUUAUUCGUCUCCUCGAAGAGACAAUAACAGCGUGUAUUUGACUCCAGAAAAUCGAUACGGAUCAAGAGACCGGUUAUAUGGCACGCCCAGCCCACAACGAAGAUCUUACUCGCCGUCACCAGAUCGAUACUAUUAUUCACCAUCGCAUGAAACCCGUAGGUUGCCCCAGAUCCCAAAGUUAUCACCCUUUGACGACAAGGAGGAGGAGGAAGAAGAGCCUACUUACCGCAAAAGAGAGGACCCGUUUGUGGCAGACCGUCCCGGAUAUGAGUAUAACUUUGAGCCAGACGCCGAAUCGGAUCGAACUUUUGUUCCGUUCCCAAACUUGAAUAAUUCUUAUUAUCCAAUCAAUACUCCGAAAGACUACUUUGAUCCGUUUGAUUACAGAUAUGACGAUAGCCACGAAGAAGAAGACAUUGAGCGAGACGAUUACAGCGAGUCCGGGGCCAGCGUGACAUCUGCGCGUCAGGUGCGUAUGGUGAAUGGUAAUCUGGUUUUAGACUGCCCCGUUAGUGAUGUCUUGUUGAGCAAGUACACCACUCCGUUGUCGGAGAAGGAUAGAGAGUUUCUGUUUAUGAGAUUUCAGGCUUGUACCUGUGAGCCGGCUGAGUUUGCCUACAGAAACUUCUCGCUUCGUCAGUGUUUUUACUCGCAACCUAGGUCCACAGAAAUGAUGGUUGUGAUAACCAUGUACAACGAGAACGAGAUUUUAUUAGCAAGGACCCUGAAAGGUGUUUUCAAAAACAUCAGACAUUUAUACUCAAUGCAGCAUUCCUCCACCUGGGGACAGGAUGCCUGGCAAAAAGUGGUCGUUUGUGUCGUCAGCGACGGAAGAACCAAGAUCAAUCCGAAAUCCAAAGCACUUUUGGGAGCCCUGGGUGUGUAUCAAGAAGGGUUUGCGAAAAACAAGGUUAACGAUGAUAAAGUGGUGAGCCAUAUCUAUGAAUACACCACCAUGGUGGGAAUUAGCAAGGUGGAGCACGACCAUGUCAAGCUGACUACCGAGAACCAGAUUCCGAUUCAAAUGAUCUUCUGCUUGAAGGAGACAAAUCAAAAGAAGAUCAACUCUCAUGCGUGGGCAUUUGAGGCAUUUGGUCCUAUUCUGAGACCCAACGUUGUCGUGCUUUUGGACGUUGGUACGGAGCCAGAAGGGAAAGCACUCUACAAGCUAUGGAAAGCGUUCAAGGAUCCCCGUGUUGCUGGAGCGUGUGGCGAAAUCAAGGCAAGUUUGGGGAGAAACUGUCGUCUUCUGCUUAACCCAUUGGUGGCAGCGCAAAACUUCGAGUACAAGAUCAGUAACAUUCUCGACAAGCCUAUGGAGUCCGUUUUUGGUUUCGUCACAGUCCUCCCUGGUGCGUUCAGUGCUUACCGGUAUCAAGCGCUCCUGGGAGCACCAUUACAAAAAUAUCUCAAGGGAGAGGAUCUGAAGCGGUCUAACGAUGGUGGAAUCUUCAACGCGAACAUGUACCUUGCCGAGGAUCGUAUAUUGUGCUUCGAGCUGGUGGCAAAGCAGAAUUGCGAGUGGCUUUUGAAAUAUGUGAGCUCUGCCGCAGCUCACACGGACGUUCCAGAACAGCUACAUGAUUUCAUUUCUCAACGUCGUCGUUGGUUGAACGGUUCCUUUUUUGCUGCCAUUUACUCGCUUUUCCACUUUUAUAAAGUGUGGCAUACGUCGCACUCUUUUGGUCGCAAGGUGAUGUUACACAUCCAGUUCCUUUAUCAGUUCAUUAACUUAUUGGUGUCCUGGUUUUCGCUAGGAUCAUAUUUCCUAGUGUUCCGAAUCCUGACCGUCUAUCUGGCCGAGCCAGAAGCAGACUUCGCACCUGGGAACAUUCUUUCGGUGUUUUUCCUCUGGUUAUAUUUGGCCUCUAUCGUCACUACAUUUGUGCUUUCCUUUGGAAACAAACCAAAAGGUACAAAGCGGUUUUAUUUAAUUAUUGUGACAUUUUUCGCAAUACUCAUGGUUUACAUGAUCUUUGCUGCCGUGUUCAUGGCAGUAAAGAGUAUCCAGACAAUCAUCAAGGACCAUUCCAACGAUUUCAGCGUGAAACUGAUAUUUACAGAGACAAAAUUCCGUGAUUUGAUCGUUGCAACCACGAGCACAUAUGCUCUCUACUUCAUUGGAUCUUUCAUCUUCCUGGACCCGUGUCACAUGUUCACUAGUUUUGUUCAGUACCUGCUGUUGAGUCCAGCUUACAUCAACGUUCUGAACAUCUAUGCAUUCUGUAACAUCCACGAUAUCUCCUGGGGUACCAAAGGUGACGACUUGCGAAACGACUUGGGUGAAGCCAAGGUCACUAAGAACGCCCAGGACGGUGAACUCGAAAUUGUCAUUCCAACUACAAAGACGCAGAUCGACGUUGCCUACCGCAAGAUUAUGAACGAGCUCACAACCACCACUAUGGAGGUGGAAGCCAAAGUCAACCAGGAAGAAGAGGACGCCUUUUAUUUUGCGUUCAUUCGUUCGAUGACGGUGCUAGUCUGGAUGAUUACAAACUUUAUCAUUAUCGCGCUGGUUACCGAAGCAGGAGGGUUGUACCAGUUCACUCCGGACGAUAGCAGCUCCACAGACUACCUACCAGCCACACGGAUCUCUGUGUUCUUGACCGUGAUUUUGUGGAUUGUUGCAUUCAUGGCGCUGUUCCGUUUCAUUGGUUGUUGUGCUUAUUUGAUCUCCAAACUGGUGGACCGCAUCAAGCUCCGAAAAUUCAGAAGAGAGUACCAAACAAAAGGUGCUUCCUUUGCCGUGUAG